GGACAAUAUCGUUCCACAUUGAACAAGAUUAGUUUUUGUUUAUAUAGACCACUCUCUCUUCUUGAGGUCUUGUCCUCACAGUUCAAACUGGUACAUUUUUUAUUUCAACAUAUUUCUACAACUACGCGUGAGGACAUAAAUUAUCUAGGGCCACUCCAAUCACAAUGAUGUUGGCCUUAUCUUCUCCACGUUCUCUUUGCGGUUGUGCGAUGGCACUACUUCUGCUGGCAGGUCCCUUUUUACUUGUGAACGGUUUGCAGGUGCAACGAGCAGUUCCGCAGGCAGCCGCUGUAGAAGAGCAGCAAGGGCUCUUGGCCACUCGUGAGCGAGCCACCACUGUAAAAGAACAGCAAGGUAGUGUGCAGCAAGAGGCACAAGAAACUUCAUCUUCUUCUGGUCAGUACUAUAGUCAAGCCCAAGCUGAGAUGCUGACCACUACACCGGUUUCAGGAGGAGGCACCUCUUCUGCUACCAAAGGCCCACAAGGGACAGUAACUCUGGACCACGUUGGAGAACCGUAUUUUAUGUGCUUUGGUGGCGAAGUCCACUGGGGAUUGCCUCCUCCUCCCUCUACUGGUGGCUCUGCGGCGGUGUGGAGCACUACUCCGACUAUUGGAUAUUCUACUGUAACUUCUACUGUAAGUGAUCUUCAAGAGGACAGUAGGGUAUUUACUCGCUCCACUACUGCUGGUACGCGAUCCUCUUCUUGCAGCACUGUUGUGCGGCCACCUGCUUGUCUUGCUCAGUGUUACAACUCUUGUAGAGAUCGUGCUCUUCAGUGUCUACAACAAGGUCGUACACGAGAAAGCCGCGCUGGACGCUUCUUGCAACGCACGCGCGAACGCUAUAACGAUCCGGCUGUACGUCGUCAGGCACGGGAAAACUGCGUCAAUAAUAUGAAUCGGGUUGCGACGUUUUGUCGUACCACAGCAGAGCGUGUGCGCGCUUCGCCGUGUGUGCAACGCUCUGUCACGAGAUUUCGUGAACUGCGUGAUCGUGUGAGAACACGAGCAGCACAACGACGUGCUCUUUUAAGUGGUCAGCAACGCUCUGGCACAUCUUCUGGAACAUCCUCGCGUGGUAAUAUUCUAAUCGGUCCUCAGCAGCAUUUGUGCACUACAAUAUGGGAUGCUACGCGUCCUCGUGUGGAGCAAUGUCGCCGCUUCUUCGUGGAUCGACGUCUUGCUUACCGAGAUAGAGCUGCCAAUGGAGUAUCUGCCAAUGGAGGUGGAAAUAGUCCCCAAAACAACAACGGCGAGCAACGUCAAUGUUGUCUAGCCCGUCUACUGGACCUCGUCAGAGCUGCGUCUCGAGACGCAACGGAGUCACGCAGAAACACACUGGCUUUACCACCUAGUAGUACCACUACAACAUCUCUUGGGAGUGCUGGGCCGCGUGGAGGAGGUUCUUUGACGUUGAGUCCUGAACCAUACCAUGUGCAACAGCAACAAGAACCUGUGAUGGGAGUUCCUGUGCUUACAGGACAAAGACAUCAACUACUGCCAACUACUGAGGUGGCUGUACAACAUCUCUUGGGAGGGCCGGGUGGGGCGACGUCUUGUGGGAAGAAGACGGAGGUGCCCCGAAAUGGACCUGAAUAUCUGCCUUCUACUUCCACAGAUGUACCGUCUGCAUCUUCUUCGGGAGCAGAGGAGAGCACCGAAAAGCAGCAAAUGAAAAUGACAGCCAUUCCUGAUCUCUGUGCACCCGCUUUACCGGCAAACAGUAGUCAAAAACAACUGAUGGAAGCAUUGCUGGAAGGUAUCGGAAAGCUCACGGUGAAAGACGGCUCGAAGAUUGUAUUGGAGACCUCGGCUGAGAGUGGUCCUCAGGCUUCUGGAGAAGAACAAAUGUUGCUCUCUUCGUGUCCACCAGCACAGACGAACACAGAACAAGCACAUGUUGCCACUGCAACAGUUUGCCAUGAUCAGCCUCUUCAUGAUGUCGUCGCUGAAGAGACCACAACUGCAGUUGAUGGGGCUUCUCUUGCUGGUCCUUCCUCUCUUGCCCCGACUACCAUCCAAGAACAGCAUGAGCACACCGGAACGCCCGAACUUUGUAGUGCUGGCACCAGCAUGUCGGUUUGCUCCUCAACAAGCUCUUACGUUGAGGUACCACUUGAAGAAGCCGCCGGCUCUUACAUGUUACCGCGCAGUACACCUGGAGAUCACGACAUUACAUCACUCAGUGGUAUUCACCCUGCUCCAUCGUCGGAAAGUGAAGGCAGCACUUCUAGGGA